AAUAGCUCAGGAUAAUCUUUAAGAGACAUCUAACAAUUGAGUCAUUUGGUGACUUUGAUUGGAACACAGGAAGAGGGAGAUGCCCAAAUUUGAAUCGAUCAUUCGGAUGUGUGUACCCACCUUUACACUAACAAUGGGGCCCAAAGAAGACCAAAAAAAAUCACCUAGGUUCAAUUUUAGGGCCCAAAGUGUGUGAAACGUUUUCAAAGUACUGCUUGCACCAGCCAGGUGCUUCACAACAACAACAACAACACAACAACAAAAAAACAAUCCUCGCUUGUAAUGUACAGUAGCUUUGGGCACUAUUGGCUUAGUUGAGUGUUAUUUAUUUACCCUGCUGGACUGCCUCCCUGUUAGACACACACACUUACACAAACACACACGUCCACACACUUGGAGGGGCUCAGUGUGUUGUGGGAAGAUUGAGAACACACCCCUACUGAGCUGCUCUCCCUUUGUGUGAGAUAAGCGUUGUGAAGAUUUCUGUUAACAACAGUGAGAUGAAUUUCAACAAACAAACAAAAAAAAUAGCAACUCCAAGGAUUCCCUGGCUCUAAAGUAUGAAGUUCUGCCAUGCUUUUUGUACCAUAUUUACAAUCGAACUACUCACACCCUCGGCCGUUUGAUAUUGGCUAAUGUGGCAAUCAUUAUCCAACGUCGGUCAAAGGUUACCGACGUCCGGCACGACAACUCACAUUUCAUGUUGUUGAACUCCUCACAAAACAAGCACUUUUUUUUCCCUCGCGUUAUAUUUCUUGGUGUACGGUGGCACAUAACUUUCUGCGUGUACUUAGCUCUGUCAGAGCCUUGCCAACUCCCCCACCCCAGCUUUGCAAAUAUGAUAAGACCAGCCGCGCAGGAGCUCUCGCAGCACAGCGGUAAUGGUUAACCAGAUAAUUUCAUAUUUGGGCGGGAGUUGAAAACAGACUUGUCGUUCCCUUUUUCUUUUUCGAACGCCUGCCUUUGCAACGAGCUGCCGGUCCUGUCGUAGCGAGGACUUACCAUGGAGGAGACCUUACGGCAAGAGAUUGAAUAUAAAAGCCAGAAUGAAGAAGACCAAGGUAUGGAUUCAGACUUGGUUUUGAGUUGAGGUUCGAGAGCAACUUUCAUGAUGCCAGGGUGGCAUCCGUCGCCGAUUGAGGGACAGAGAACUUCUCAAGAGGAAAAGAGCCGAAGCGGAGGAGAAGGAGACUUCCCAGUGGGUUUUGGGGGUGGAAAGCCUGGGGAAAAGACAGAAGGCUGACCAGAGGAGAGGCGCAAAGCGGAGGGGGAGGCCCAAGAAGACGGAUUGCGCACCAGAAAGCUCUUUCACGCAGGAAGUCAAGGUUGCGGACCCUGAAGCUCCUGCUGUCGAGGUUCUUCCGCAAUCAGUGGAGGCGAUACCAACAAUAGGAUUAGACUCUUUCCCGACUUUGGGCAGCGGGACUCUGGAACCAGUCUCAACAUGGUUGCCAAACCCAGUUCUUACUCCAGGUCCCAACGUAGCCCUGGUUUCACCUCCAAGUCUCGUUCCGCCACCCAUCACAGUUCCUCCAGCUCCAAGUGAAGCUCUGCCUGCUGCUCCAGAUGUUUUUCGGCUUCCCUCUGCGGCGUUUCCAGCUGCGGCGCAAGAUCUGGCAAACGUAUCCGAUCAAAUUUCAGCUCCGGAUCUUGCUCCGCCUCUCACCGCAGUUCUUCCAGAUCUGUCCGCCGCUCCCGAUCAGGCUUUCGCUCGAGGUUCAGAUCUUAUUCAGGCUCCCGGUCCUGUCCCAGAUCUCCAGACAGUACAACCAACUACAGCUCAGUCUUCUUCUCCAGAUUCAGAUCUUUUUACGCCUCCCGCUACAGAUCCUCCAGUUUCUGCCGAAGACCUGUCCACAGCAUCGGAUCUUGUGCCAGUUUCAGCUCCGGAUGUUGUUCUUGUUUCCGCUCUAUCCCAGGCCCCUGUGUCAGAAGUCGUCGGAGCUACCGACAGUGCCAUUCAACGGGUUGAGACCCUGUCCACAGAUUCACAAGACAAGGAGAACAUCGACCUGGUCCCCAUUGAAGACUUGGGCCCAGACGAGCUAAAAAAUGAUGUACCUCCAACUCAGGACAAAAAAGCUGAUGAAGAUGUGAGCGAGAAGCCAUCAAACAAUGAGCCAGAAUAAAAUAAGAUCUUGGCAAUGCCAUCAUGCAAUGCCAUCAUUGACCCAGCUGCUGCAAGACUACCUCCCAGGAAAUUGAUUCAGAUUCUCUUUAGCCACUCUUCAUACACUGACUCAUAACACGGAGGUGUGGGGGGGGGGGGGGGGGAUUUUAUUAUUCUGUUAUUUGCUUCAGUAUUAUUUUAGCCCAAAAUGCAGUCAUGGAUGUUGUGCCAGAAGAGACAACAAAUUAAUUUCUCCCCAUAAUUCAACCAAUGACUUUCUCACCAUUAUUAUUUUUAAAAUUGCAUGUGCCUCCAGCAGCAAUAUGAAUGUAAAUGGGGGAAUAAUUUUGUUGACUCUGUAAAAACUGUUUCACCCAAAUAAAUAAAAUAAAAAAGCUCACGUUUGCAGUCAUUGCUGUUCAUUCUUACGUGGGCAAAAAUAAAUGUGUCUUAAAUAAACUGAUCUUCAACUCCCAUUUAUCAUCAUGAAUAUGCAAAAAUGUACAGAUUAGAGCCCUUAUAGACCACCUUAUAGAACCUUUGCGUUAUUUUAUUUUCAAUGUAGCUUUAACCAUAUUGUGCUGAGCCAGGACCGAUAUAAUUAGUAAUUUGAAGGUACAUUUUUUAUCUCCUUGCAUGCACAUGUGAACAUAUCCUUGUACCCAUCGGAUCUUAAAAUUACAGUGCAUUGUGCACAAGAUUACUGUGCGUUUUUUACCUUGAGAUAAAAGAUAACGCUAUGAAAUAAGGGGAAUGGAACGACUGCUCGUUACUGGUUAAAAAAUGGAACUGCGUGACAGGUGUGUUUGAAAUUCUGUUUAAUUGCGAAGGUUUAUGGAAACGGGACAUGCACUAGUUAAAUAAAAAUGUGAAAUAUGCAAAAACUUAUAUGUUAAUAAAUAUUAUCACAAAGCAUCCAACCAAUAUAUUAUUGACAGAAAAUACCGUACUUCACUUGUGGAAAUAGACACACUCUUAAACUGCAGUUCCCGUCUGAUCGAUAGAUGGCAGUAGCGAUCUAUGAUCCAUUUAAUCUUGUCAGUAUAAACCUAAGAGCAAGGGUGCUUGUAGCAUGAUUUAGCUAGCAGCUACGGAGUGAAAAUAUAACGAAAAUGGCUUCGGCCAGUGACUGUUGCGGCGAACGUGUUGAUAUAUUGAAACAGCAGGUGUUCGUGAUGCGAAAAGAAAUCAAGAAUCUUCGGCAGAUGCUGAUCAAUGCAACCAGAGCUCAUCGCAAACACAUGCUUUCAAUUGAGUCCGCUGUGUCUAAGGUUGGUGCCUUGGAGCCGAAGAAAAGCCAACCUCCACCGACGUCACCCCAGACAGCUCUUGAGGAUGGAAAAAUCCGAACGUUGCCGAUCGGAUACAUUCAUUCCUGUUUCUCUGAGAAGAAUGGGACUCCCAGGCAGCCUACCAUCUGUGGAUCCUCGAGGGCGGAACUGCGACUGGAGCAAAGCGUCUUCAAUAACCCUGAGCAUGCCCUCGUAGGGCUCGAACAAUUUUCUCAUAUCUGGGUUAUCUUUCUCUUCCACAAAAACGGCCACUUGAGUCACAAAGCCAAAGUGAAGCCCCCGAGGCUGAACGGCAAGAAGGUCGGUCUGUACUCGACUCGCAGUCCGCACCGGCCCAACGCUUUGGGCCUGACUCUUGCAAAGCUGGACAAAAUUGUUGGUGAUACGCUCCAUCUGUCAGACAUUGACAUGAUUGCCGGCACCCCUGUGCUGGAUAUUAAACCCUACAUCCCGGACUAUGAUUCCCCCUACAGUCGGAGGACCACACACUCUGAGCCUUGUCAGCCCAACACAGAUCGCGCCCCUUUGUCACCUCGUGAACCGAUUCAAGCGCAGUUGAUAGAAAAGGAAGCAGGUGAAUUUGAUGAUAGUCCAAACCCUGUGGAGCCUCUCGGCAUGUUGGAGGAAGUGAAGGCCUACUUGAGCAAACGGGACCUCAGUCAGGUAAAUGACGACUGUGCGUGCGGCUCCGAAGACAAUCGGGGGUCAGAGCAGGACCGGCGGCCGUGUUACACAGAGGAGGCCUACAGCACCAUUGCUAGCUGGAUCAGAGAACCGCCAGUCGACAGCCUGGAGGUGCGCUUUACCCCAACCGCACAGAGGCAGUUGGCUGACUUCUUUCCCACCAAGCAGAAAGGUCCCUGUGAUAGCGAACAUCCGAGAUUCAGGUUUCUGCGUAGUUCUGACGAGGCCGCCGCCGCCGUCCGAGGGGUGCUGUCCGCAGACCCGAGGUCGGUCUACCGGAGAACUCGAUGCAAAGACAAGCUUUUCUUCUUUACCCUGGACACUGCAGACAUAACCUGCUGGUUUGGACCAGGCUUUGCAGAAGUGCUGCAAAUUCAACCUGUUCAAUGCCCCAUUGACUCAAAGUAGAAUGAGCUCCCUUAUGGCUGCUAUUUUGUUUUGAUAUUGCAUUCUUAACAAAGUAAAAAAAAAAGUUUUGCUUCUACAAAGGAAUCAAAUCUGUACAUUGUAUAUUGUAGAAGUUCUGCAAUCGUACGUUUUCAACUUGUCUCAUGACCUCUUAAUGCGGAAGCAGUACUUGUCCUUUACUGUCCAUUAAUUUUAAAAA